CCGCUUCCUGCCGGGGUGCGGUGGAGCGGUGCCUGGGUCUGUGCGGGGCGUGCAGCGACGCGGGCCGGGCUGAGCCGAGUUCCGCCGAGCAGAGGGUGAAAUUUAGUGUCAUAUGACAGAGUCAAAAUGCUGGAUGACAUCAAGAAGCGAUUUGAAUUUCCUAACGCAGUUGUUCAGUCACAGGCAGUAGGGCAUUUGAUUGCUGCAAUACUGAAAGAAAAAGUUUCUUCGGAGAAGAUCAGACAGGCUUCUGCCCAGACCCCUGCUCUGAACCUGCUUUGGGAGAAGUGUUGCAGUGAGAAUGUUGCCUUGCGAACAGCCUGCUCUGAGGGGUUGGUGGCGCUUGUUGCAGAGAAACAUGCUGAGCUCGACUACAUUCUUCAUGGAGCUCUCAACCUAAUUCCCUCAGCAAGGAAUGUGCAUGGUUUAGUGAAAACUAUUUGCAAGUUACUACAAAUUCAAGCUAUUCAACUGGGAAAAGAUGGAGAUGAGUCUGUUUGGAAUCUGUAUGGAAUCAGGAGCAUUCCCCAUCCGUUAAUCACUGUCCUUGAAAACAGAUCUGACUGCUGGCCAAUUCUACUUCAGCAGAUAACAUUAUUUUUCCAUCAGUGUCCAGAGAGGGCAGAGAGUUCAUGUGUUGGCAUAAUGGCUCCAUUUCUAAGAUACCUGUAUUGUGAACCAUCUCAGUUACGGGAAUAUGCUGAACUGCGAACGGGUUUACUUAAGAUCUUACUUCAGCCUCGUGGGCUAAAGCAUGAAGACACACCUUCCGUGCUGGAAUGUGAGAUUCUUCAGCUUCUGUGUGAUUUGAUUCCACACCUUCAGCUUAAAGACUUACUGCAAGUUACAGAAGCCUUGUUUUAUCUGCAAGAGCUAUUCCUCAGCCUACUACGCUAUCCUGUGUUUUGGAAAGUUCAGUUAUCUGAGUUUUGUGUGCAAUUGUUAUGCUUCUGUGAAGUGUGUUUAGAUGUGACAGGAGAAUGCUCAUCUUUGGUCUCCUUAAUAGAGGACAACUUUGAGCUCUUAAAAGAGGUAUUUCCGGUCAACCAGUGUAUAAUUGGGCUAGCACUUCUACUGCUGCAAACACCAGAAAGUCAGCAAAAGCCUGUCUUGAGUCUAGCCUACAAGCUCCUUUCAUGUUCAGAAACCAAGAAUAUCUCAACCACAGCCCUGACUUUGGUGAUGCCCGUGCUACAGAUCUUAUCUUCUACAACAGUUGGAGACUGCCUUUUAGGGGAUGAUUCUGGAACUACCAGGCAGCAGCUGGGUGUAAAUCUUUUGGGAAUAUUACAGGAGGAAGGUCUGAAGGAUAAACAGGAAAUGGUGUCCUGCAAACUCCUUUUUCCUAUAACCAGCUCUUACAGUUCAUUGUACACAACCUGGAAGAUCAUAGAGCUCCUGAAAGAGAAGUCCGCAGUUACUAAAUGGUUAUCUUCAGUGAAAUCACUGCUAUCUGUUAGCACUCAAGUCCCUGCUCAUGUUUUUCUUUUGUUGGCUUAUCUACUGAUCCAAGAAAAUGGAGACACUCUUCAUGUUGUGCUUCAGACUACUACAGAAAUAGCCAAGGCUGAUUGUUCUCAGGUUCCAAAUCUUAUCCCAGUUCUGGUAUUUAAAUUGGGAAGACCUUUGGAGCCUGCACUUUACAGGGAUAUAUUGUAUACAUUGCCUACACUUGGUGUACACAAGGUUUGUGUAGCUCAGAUUCUACGUGCCAUACACAUGCUGGGGAGCACACCAAAGCUCAGAGCAAUUGCUUCACGGCUGAUGACGUCACUGUGGGAAAGACAGGACCGAAUUUACCCAGAGUUGCUGAAGUUCUUGGCGACAUCUGACAUGCCAUCUGUGUCUGUUGACAAAGAUGCUCAGUGGGAAAAGCUGAUUGCUAAAGCCGCUUGUAUAAGAGAUAUAUGUAGGCAGAGACCAUACCAGCAUGGAGCAGACAUGUUGGCUGCAAUUUCCCAGGUAUUAAAUGAAUGCACAAAACCUGAUCAAGCUUCACCGGCUGCCAUAGUACUACAGGGUCUCCAGGCACUUUGUGAGGCUGAGGUUGUUUGCAUCCGUUCUACAUGGAGUGCGCUGUCGCCAAAGCUGAGUUGUGAUACAAGACCCCUCAUUUUAAAAGCUCUGAAUGAAUUGUUUGCCCUGGUUCCCUCAUUAACAGUGAAUACAAAUGAAUUUGAGAAAUUCAAAGCCCAAGUUAUCAGCUUCCUCUGGAACAACACACAGAACAAGGAUGCUCUGGUAGCCAUUUCAGCCUAUAAAUCACUGUCAUCAUUUGGCUCUGAAGAACAUACAAUUCUUCAUCUUCCUGAACAGGCACGACCAGAAGGUUACUUGCUGAAGGAAACAGACAUGAAUGAAGAUGAAGAGGAGCAGGAGGCAAAUCUUUUUGUUCCAGGUUCUUCAUAUAUCAAGCUGUUGUCUCUAACACCAACUUCUGUUUUAGGAGCAUUUGAAGAGUUUGCAACAUCACUGGUGAAACAGGAGAUGACCAACAUGCCCCGUGGUGUGUAUCAUUCUGCCUUGAGAGGAGGGACGACAUGCUCAGACCAGGGGAAGACAGUGGCAGGUGUUCCAAACUUCUUGCUGAAAAUGUAUGAGAGGAACAGGCAACCAGGCAUGACACCAGGCCUUGCAGCUGGCAUGUUGCUGUGUUAUGACCUUCCAGUCCAUAUGGGCAAAGAUGGCAAGCCUAUUAAUAGAUUUCUGGCUAGCAGAGGGCGCAGUUUCCAGCAAAUGUUGGUCGCCCUCAUUCAUGAGGUUAACAUUCAACCUUCUGAAUGGCACUGCUCCAUACUGCUGCCACAGUCCUGGUUAGGAUUUAUGAGUCGAACCUACAGUGCAGUCCUGCAGGGGAGGCAGGCAGAGCUGGAGAUGCAGUUAAAACAUGGAAAAGAGGAUCCUGAAGAGGUGCAGUACAAACAAUUUACAGCCUGGCUGUGGGUCAGAGAUAUGUUGACCAAUGUCAUCAAAGGUGCUUCCAAAGACAGUCCAGUGGUGAAAGGAAACUCUAUUUUUGCCUUAACUAGUCUUGCAGUCGCUGUAGCUAAAUAUGAAAGCAGCCUUUCUUCAGACACUGAAGGGGUACCUGAGACUGAACCGGAUUUUAUUCCCAUGAAACGCUGGAUUUCUAUGGUCACAGAGACCCUCUUGAGUAUUGUGAAUAGUCGCUACCAGCCUAAAGGUCAAGUCUUCCCAUGGUUCUACCAGAAAUCCUAUUCAGGUGAAAAUACUGCUAGUAUUAUAGCUCGUUCCUGUGCAGCCACAGCUUUGUCUCUCCUGGUGCCAGUUUUUAUCAUAUCAUGCAAGGAGAAGGUUGAGGAGAUCCUGAAUAUGUUGACUGACAGGUUACCUGGGAAACCAAAUGCUGAUGAGUCUCAAGCUGUUCAAAUCCACAUGGGUCUUGGUUUGGGGAUGUUUAUCUCACGUUUGUAUGAUGAAAAAGUCAGUGAUAUACCUGGUCAACAGAUGAACUUGGUUCUGAUGAAGUCCCUGGAUAUGCUGGAGGACUGCUGCUUUGACACCAAUCUGGAGUACACCACUGGAUGUAUUUUAGGAGUAGGACUUGUUCUUUCGUUCAUGAGCCACAGUAGCCAAACAGAAUCGCGAGUACAUGUUUCCGCUUCAUUGCGAAAACUCUGCAAAUACCUGGACAGCAGUGAGGACCAAAGCAGAUGGGUCCGGGAGCUGAAAUCUGAGAGCGUGCAGUCCUCACAGUUUCAGAGUAAGCUGAAUGAAGUCAUCAGAGCCCUUACACAGCUGAAAUCUGAGAGCGUGCAGUCCUCACAGUUUCAGAGUAAGCUGAAUGAAGUCAUCAGAGCCCUUACACAGAUAAUCAGUUUCUCAGGACACGUUGGCCUUCAGACAAAUGCAGCAAGACUUCUGGGAUGCCUUCACAUGUCUUGUUUGUCUUCUACCCAGAACAGGGCAUCCGUUCCUCCAGAUUUUAGCUACUUACCUGUAAACAGCUUUAUCAGGGCAGCCAUUGACUUUGCCAUUGAAAGUGGAAAGAAAGGUCCUGAAGCUGUCCCAGCUGAGCUGGUGAAAGCAGCAUUGGCACCCAUUGCAUUAAUUGGAGAAAGCCAUCAGUAUCCACCUGUAAACUGGGCAUCAGUUCUUUCUCCUUUGAUGAGGCUAAACUUUGGUGAUGAGGUAAAACAUCUCUGCCUUCAACUGGCAGUGACACAGGCCCAGUCAUCUAAAAAUGCAGCAAUGCUUUUGGGCAUGUGGGUGGCACCUCCUCUUGUCUACAGUCUCAGUAUGAAAACUCAGAAGUACCUUUUCAUGUCCCUGUCCCUGUGGAUGCAACACGUUGCGGAAGACAAACUGCAGUCUUUUACAGAAGUGCUUCUGAUACAACAAUUUGAAGUGAAGAACCGCACAAAACCCCCAGAAAUUUGCCAGUGUGUUCUACAUGGGCUUAUCCAGGCAAUGAAACUUCCCAACCCUGCCCAGUUUUGCUGGAGCUUUCUGUGCCAGGCUGUGGAGAAAAUAUAUGAGCUUCUUCCAAAUGAGGUUCAGAGAGAUGAACUGGAGAUGUAUAUUGAUGUAGCAAAAUGUAUCUCAGAAAUGGCUGAUUCAGAGGUUGAUCGCAUUGUCCAGAUCUCGAAGAACAAUAUAGAGAAGGCCACAUUCGUGAAAGUGUAUUUGGUUUCCCAAGGCAGACUGUCUCUGAUGAACUUGAAUGCUGUGAUUGAUACUGUGGCAGGAUAUCACCAGAAAGAAAAUAUUUUAUGGAUGUUCUUGUAUAGUUUUUAUCAUGCUCGUAUUACGAGACAUGAAAACACAGGAGUUAUGAAAAGAAUGGACUGGCUGCUAGACCUGAUGGGCUGCAUCAGCAAUGUAGCAUACAAGUCAAUACUCUUACAAAAUGUCAAUCUUAAAGAGUGCAUAGAUUUUCUCCUGUGGGUGUUUGCGGCUUCUGUGGUGGCCUGGGCUGACCAUGGUGCACCAUUACUGCUUGGCCUCAGUGCUGACUGGUCACCAUGGAAGCACCACACGAUAUUACCGCAGUUAUCUGAGGAUCACAUUGGCAAGCACCCAACUGACAAGUUUGCUGUGCAAGAAGCUCUCACUCUCCUUCCAAGCAGCAUUUCCCUUUUGCUGGCUAAAGAGCCUUGGAAAGAACAAACCCAGAAGUUUAUUGACUGGCUGAUCAAUAUGAUGGAAAGUCCUAAGGAAGCAUUAUCAAAGUCUUCCAUGGACCUCCUGAAAGUUACACUUCUGGCCUUGAGAUCUCUUGCAGAGUUCAAGAAGAAAGCAGUAUGGACUAAAGCUUAUGGGUGGUAAGAUACAGUGUACACCGUAUCUUAUCCAAUGAAGAAAACUGUUCAUACUUGAAAACAUAAUAUCAUGACUCAGGUAUCAAUAAACCAAAUUCCAAAGACGUUUCCUAUCAGAGGGUUUUGAAUUGUUUUAUUUUACCCUUUUGCCUCCUUAUAAAGACUCCUAAGAUGAAAACAAAUAUUUUGUUUUUAACUGAUGGGUUGGUGUUCUUCUUCAAACAUGCUGAAUAUAAAUGAGAAAGACACAUUCAGUUGAGUUUCAAUUGAGUUGAGUGACAUCUGGGAACCUUGCAAGCUGGAGUGGAAUAUUCCUUUAGUUCAUGGAAGCUAUGUAGGAAUAGAUGGAAAUAAAACAAACUUG